AUGGGCUCCAUUAGCGAGAGCUAUUCAAACGGCUACUCGGCCGCUUCCACCGCUGGUGACGGCCAGGGGCCCCGAGCACCGCUCAGGCAGAGUGGACUGCUCAAUGAGAAAUUCGAGUCCGAAGACCUUACGCCCAUUAUCGGUCGGGAGUUCCCGAAUGUCAAUAUCGUGGAUGACUUGGUGAACUCGGCAGAUGCAGAUACACUCUUGAGGGAUCUCGCCAUCACAAUCAGCGAGCGUGGCGUCGUCUUCUUUCGCAAACAGGACAACUUGACGGACGAUCUGCAGAAGAAGUUCAUCCAGCGCCUCGGGGAACUGACCGGCAAGCCGCCCUCGUCGACACUGCACAUUCAUCCGAUCCUCAACGGCACUAGCGAGUUUGGACACGACUUGGAGAUUAGCAACAUCUCGUCGGUGUCCCGUAAGAAACUCUUCGAUGUCAACGAAGUUAAGAACAAGCGCAAAUACGACGCCGCGCAAUGGCACAGCGACAUCCAGUUCGAGCCCGCGCCCGCGGAUUACACGAGCUUGCGACUCACCCAACUGCCCAAGACGGGAGGAGACACCCUCUGGGCGAGUGGGUAUGAGAUAUACGACCGCAUGAGCCGUCCGUGGCAGAAAUUCCUCGAGGGAUUGACGGCGACGUUCAUUGGGGACGGGUUCAUCAGAGCCGAGCAGAAAGGGAGAGCGACGCUGUACGAUCAACCCCGAGGGUCACCCUUGAAUGUGGGCAAGCAUUUGAGCGCUGUGCACCCGGUAGUGAGGACCAACCCGGUCACCGGCUGGAAGACCGUCUAUGCGAUCGGGACGUUCCCCAAAACGUUCAACGAGUUAAACGCCGAGGAGACCGAAGAGCUGUCGAAGAAACUGCACGGUAUGAUCGUGAACAACCACGAUUUGCAGGUGAGAUUUAAAUGGAGAAAUAAGAAUGAUAUCGGUGAGUUCCCUGGACACUUGACUCUAGACUAUGGUUAG